AUCGUUUUUAAAAGCUGGUGGUGGUUUGCAGCGAGAUAUUUCUUAUAAGCAUGCAUGAAUUAAUCAUCGCAGUUAUCACAGCAUCUGCAAGGGACCUCAUUGGAGUGAUUAAGAGCUUCUAUCAGCACUGGAUAAAACAGUAGGUUUGUCAUUUUUUCGAGUCCUUCAAUUUCAAUACAGAUCUGAAAGGGUCUAAGAAAACAAGACCUACCAACGUAAAUCAUCCUGGAAUAGUGCACUGAAGGAAAUCUUUCUUCUGUGUGAGCCAGGCCAAAAAUAAACCCCCGGAAAUUUCCUUCCAAACACCUGUAAAGUGAUGAUUAUCAUAUGGGAAUUUGAGAAGCUGAUGCAUGACAUAAUUCGGAACCAAAUGGAAGAUAUCCAACUGCCAAGAUGUCCAAAAAGCCUUUCUACAAAAUAUACAAGAGAAGAAAAAUUUGCCAAUGUUUUAUGUGUGCUUGCAGACUAGAUUUCUCUAGUUAUUGUUGACAAGUCUAAGACAAACACACAACCCUUUUUUUAAAGUUCCCAAAUCAUAUGUAGAAACUAACAAUUAUGGCAAGAGGUUGUUUUAUACUCUGUCUUUUUUACCAGUUAUCUGUGGAAAGUACAGCAGUUACUUAUGUAUUUAGAUUUUGAAUGACAAUUAUUUAGCCAAAGACAAUUUCUCUAGAAAUAAUCAUGAUUGAUAAUUAUACAUGUAACAAGACUGAUGGAGACAAUAUAGAUUUUCGGUACUUCAUUUAUGCAGUGACAUACACUGUUAUUCUUGUGCCAGGUCUCAUAGGAAACAUAUUAGCCUUGUGGGUAUUUUAUGGCUACAUGAAAGAAACCAAAAGGGCUGUAGUAUUUAUGAUAAAUUUAGCCAUUGCUGAUUUAUUACAAAUUCUUUCUCUGCCACUGAGGAUCUUUUACUAUUUGAACCAUGACUGGCCAUUUGGCCCUGGUCUCUGCAUGUUUUGUUUCUAUCUGAAAUAUGUUAACAUGUAUGCAAGCAUCUACUUCUUGGUCUGCAUCAGUGUACGAAGAUUUUGGUUUCUCAUGUACCCCUUUCGUUUCAAUGACUGCAAGCAGAAAUAUGACUUGUAUAUCAGCAUUAUUGGCUGGCUGAUCAUCUGCCUUGCUUGCCUACUCUUUCCUCUCCUCAGAACCAAUGACGAUACCCUAGGCAACAGAACCAAAUGCUUCGUGGAUCUUCCUACGAGGAAUGUCAAUCUGACCCAAUCUGUUGCCAUGAUAACUGUUGGAGAGUUGGUUGGGUUUGUUACUCCUCUUAUGAUUGUUAUAUACUGUACCUGGAAAACAGCUUUAUCAUUACAAAAUAAAUACCCCAUUUCUCAACAUCUUGGAGAGAAAAAGAAAGCACUGAAGAUGAUUCUGACCUGUGCAGGGGUAUUUCUAAUUUGCUUUGGACCUUAUCACUUCAGUUUUCCUUUAGAUUUCCUGGUUAAGUCCAAUGAAAUUAAGAGCUGCCUAGCCAGAAGAGUAAUUCUAAUAUUUCAUUCUGUGGCCCUGUGUCUGGCAAGUCUGAAUUCCUGCCUUGACCCAAUCAUAUAUUAUUUCACCACUAAUGAGUUCAGAAGACGUCUUUCAAGACAAGAUUUGCCUGAGAGCAUCCAACUCCAUACAAAAUCAUACAAAAUUGUGAGUAACAAUACCACUUCUACAAUGGGAACUGACCUAUGCUAAAUAAAAUCCAGAACUAAAUGUGGCCUUGAAUAGAAUUACAAGAACACAUUUUCAAUACUCCAGAUAGUACUCACAGAAAGUAGUCACAACUUUUAAAUGUGCUCUACAUUACUUGAGUAGGGAAUUCACAUAUUUAUGGUAGGACCUAGUUAGAAUACUAUGUUUCAUCAUCAUUGCUGGUGACAAGCCUGUGCAACAAUGUAUGACCAAGUCUUUAGACUUAAGUGGUAAAAUUUUGAUAACACUCUACACACAUAUGCUCUAAGCUAGAGUCAUCAGCAUUAUCUGUGAACCUAAGUCACAAAGAGAUUACUAGCUCAUGCUCAUCCUAAGUACUGAGUUUUCUUAGAUCAGAUGAUGAAUAUAUGUUUAGAGUGAGUGCAAUUGUCUAUUGAUAGUAGUGAUCAAAAUUUGCAUUCCAACAACAUGUUUAAAGUGUGAUGGACAAUACUUUAUGUACACAUAACAUUACAAAAAUAGGAUGAUUUUUAUCUCUGAGGUAUGUUCCACUCCAUGAUUUGAAACUCCUAUGUUUGGUUUCUUUGGUUAGUGUCAAUAUGAAAUAUCAUCUGUCAAAUCAUUGAACAAAAUUAUGAAAUCAUGCUUUGGUAUGUUUAAGCUAAGAACAACAAAACAGUCAUGACACGCAAUAAUCCUCUGUGAUUAUAUAAAAUUCUACAUUGAAUAUUUCCAAGGCAGAUAGUUUUCUAGAGUCAACAUAAUAUGACUCACAUGGCCUCUAGGCUUAAGAGAAAGGAAACAGGUGACAAACACAGUUCUGGCUCUCUUAAACUAGUUCCAAAGAACACCUUCAGAAAUGUAUGAACUUGUAUAGUAGAGGGAUUGUUUUCAUCAUGUUUUAGAAUUACAAUGGGGAAAUCUAACAGGCUACUGCACUUACUGAGUCUAUGGAAGUAAGAGUGUUUAGACCAGAGUGAAAAGAUGAGCCAAAGUAAAGCAUGUCUCUUGAAACCAUCACUACUGUCCUUCAUUCCCCAAGCAAAGUGGUGCCUGUCAUAGCCUCUACAAAAGCCAGAACAGGGCUUGAAGACGCUGUUCAUGUGGACUUUCAAGUCUAUAUUUUUUUUCAGUUAAGUUUUAUGAAUAUAAAACUUAUUACCUCUUAGAAACUGUUGAAAAUAAUUAUUUUACUUUUGAGAAAUGUAUAGAUCAUUUCAUCAGCCUUAGAUACUCCUAACAAAAGCUUUGCUUAUUACCUACUUGGUACUAGUUGGCAAGAAAAAUUGGGGUAUGUGGCUAUAAGGACUAGAAUUGUAUGAACCAUGAUAUACAUUAUAAAUAACAUUACUUUUUAAAAUGUUUGAACAAGAAAUGGAAAUAGAACACACUCUUCUUUACAUUGAGAAAAUAGAGAAACCAAGGAAAUAUUUUUAUAUCCAAAAAAUAGGGUAGUAUUAGGCAUAUAGUUAAUUAUACUAUGUAUGUGUGGGGGAAACUUGUUAAAUAUGAAUUUUAACUAUCAAUGCUACUGGAAAACUUGGAAAGUUUUGCCUGAGCAAGUAUUGAUUAUGCUUGUACAUUUUAAUAAUAAUAAUACUGGAUUAGGAAAAUGACUUUGUGCUGCUAGCAACAGUAUAUUUAUGUAUUUCCUAGUUAUUCCUUGUAAUGUACAUAUGUCUUGUUGUAUUAAAUAAGUGUAAGUGUUACAUUUUGUUUUCAAAAGAAAAUUAUAACUGUGUUUGGUCUGUUUAAAGUGAUUUCUGUUUGAAUGUAGUUUGUGUUGUAAUGAGAUUACAAGUAAUCAUCCGUGGAACUAUGAAACAACUGUGGGUGCUUGGAAUAGAACUCUCUCUUAUAUACACUUACUAUUUUUUGUAGCAUGGAUUACACUUCUUAAAGUCACUUUGGGAGAUCAUUGUUUGAAAUUUUUCUAACAUUGAUUUCACUAUAAUCAUACUACUUUUAAAGGGGAAAUAUUUCUAGGAUACUAUUGGCAAUCUUGGAGUGGUUGAAGGUAUAUAGCUCACUUUUUUAGGCAGUCCUUUUACAUUACUAGGUAAAAGACAAGUGUGUAAUGAUUUUGUGCUAUUUAUCUACUCAGACAUGUCCAUAUAGUUUUGUAUUUAGCAUCUGUUUUCCUGAUUCUUCAUCUUCCUCAUCAAUACAUUUGAAUUUUGCUCUAUUCCCUUCCCCUUCUGAUGAACUUAUUCACAGUAAGGAGCUAAAUGUUAAUGUUAACUUCAUAUUAAUUUGCUAAGAAACACCUGAGGUUCAUAUGAUAGGAAUAGGCAUUAACAUGAAGUAGUUAUAUUCAAUGGAGGGAUUGCAGGCUCAGGAAGAUGAGCUGGGAGGGAAGACACUUUAAAGAGUCUUAUAAAUAUCCUGUCAUAUAAUGCAUUACAGAUGACAAUCUACUUUGCUUACCAUUAUGAGGAUGCUAAAUUCCAAGAAAUAUCUCCAUGAACAUGGAUAUAAAUUUCCAAGGUUUUUCUCAAAAUUUAAUCUUUCUCUCUCUCUCUCUCUCUCUCUCUCUCUCUCUCUCUCUCUCUCUCUCUCUCUCUCUUUCUCUGCUUCCAGAGAAAAAUAUAAUGUAGGAAAGAAAUAGUAUUUCAGUUACUACUAAGCAGUUGCCUCUUUUGUGAUGUUCUACUCUCUUUGAAAAGUCCUUCUUCAGAUCUCCUAUUUAUCAUUUUGAAUUCUAUUUGUUCAAAUACAAGAGUCUUAAUUGUGAUAGUGUAUACUUAAAGAUAAAUCAUCUCAUAUUUCUUUCAUAAAGAUUUUAAAGUUCAGCUCAAAAUUAAGCAAAUUAUUUGAAUAUAAACAGAGCAUUUUGUGCUAUUAAUAUUGUCUUUUUACUGCUUAUAUUAGUUUAAUGAAAUGUUUUGCGGGUUAUGUAUUUUCAUUGUCAUGCAAUAAAACAGCAAAUCCUAUUAGCUGGUGGUUAUGAAGAGGAAUUCUUAGUCCUACAAACAACCAUGCUCUCUGUAAAGAUUCGUCAGUGGAACUCCACACAAAUUCAUUUUUAUGCCUCCUUUUGGGUUACCUUCAAGAUACUGUGAAAUGUUAUAUCUGGAGUUUAUUUAUGGCUUUUAUUUAUCAUAUGAAUUUCAAUAAUAAAAGUUUGUCUCCAAUUAAAUAGAAAUUUUCAGACUCUA